AUGGACCAGCAGCAAUGGAGUCAAUAUCAGAAUAUGGCUCAUGGAGAUGUAAACUGGGCACAACUGGCGCAGCAAUGGGUGGCAAUGAAGUCUGAUGAGCCCCCGCCGCGGCAUCCUGGAAAUGGAGCUCCUCGAUCCUUGUUCGCGUCGGUCAGCAGCAAUGAGACGUUCCAAAAUCGCGUUCCACCUCCGCAACAUCAUCCUCCUCCGCCGCCACCUCAAAACCAGUGGGAAGCAGGGCCGCGCGGUCCCUACGGACACCAACCCUACCCACCAGCGCCGCCAUUUCAUCGGCCUCCUGCCGGAAUGGUACCACCUCCUCCGAUGAAUGGAUACGGACGCGGCGGACCGUUUCCCCCUCCCCCACACCCGCCAGGGCCUGGAAAUCUACAAUGGCCACCCGGCUUCCAUCCACCCCCACCGCCACGAAAUCAUGGCCCCGUUCCCACACCUCCUCCGAUGGAUCGAGCCUUCCAUCACCCGAAUGAAUACGGCGACUUCCGAGAGCCCGCCCGAGGAGGCGGAUGGCGUGAUGACUACGAUGGCCCGAUGGCUGCCCCGCCGAUUUGGCCCCCACCCGACGAUUGGGUCCCGCCAUCAUACCCUGAGCCUCAACCUCCUGGACCACCGCCGAAUCGAGGAGGCCCGGUUCCACUGAUGCAGCAACACUUCCAACCACCAGGUCCAGGCUAUGGAGGCCCACCGGGACCUGGUUUUCCACCACCAAUGGACCGUGGACGGGGCAUCCCGCCGCCUGGCCACGGCUUCCCACCCCAACAACCUUUCGAACAACCAAUGUUCCCCGGGAUCUCAGCCGAACAACGCAAAAAACUCCCCGCCUGGAUCUUGGAAGGACUGGAGAAGGCCGAACGCGAGAAACAGAAGCAACAGGAAAAAGAGGAAAAGCUGAAGCUCGCCGAGGAGGCGAAAGCCAGAAAACGGGCUUUGGCUGGAAAGAGCAAAUUUGACUCUAGUUCAGAAGAAGAUGGCGACGAUGAAGAGGAGGCUGAUAAGGCGUCAGUUAGCAGCUGCAGCCCGAAUGAACUGGACGGGGAACCGAUUUUUCUGGCCAAUCGAAGAACGUCGAACGAGCGCUCGAAAUAUGAUUCUGACGAGGACGAUGAUGUGGAGAUUCCACCAACUCCAAGAGAACAGAAAAAAUCACCCACUCCACCCCCACCUCCUGCCCCCGGAAAGAAGCUGGAAAAAGUGGAGCUGAAAACGGAUCGAUUACUUAGCGACGACUACGACGAGGAUGAACCAGCAAAAAGUAAAAUCAUCGUAAAGACCUCUGCACUUGCCGCUCUCGCCGCAUUUGGUAGCAGCGACGAGAGCGAAGGAGAGGCGGAAGACGGCAAUGGCGAUGGCGAUGCUAAUGGUCCUCCACCUGCUGUCGACGAUGCUGUUUUCAAAGUGCCAUUGGGUUUCCCAAUGCGUAAGAGUAAGCCCACUGAUCCUCCAGUGAAGCCCCAACUCCCGCAAGGCGAUAGCGAGGCGAAAAAGGAGGACAAUGGUACGGAUGCUGAUGGUUCCACUAAAGUAGAUAAACCUGAAGCUGCAGGCUCGACAAAGGAUGAGGGCCGGAAACGGAAGCGUAGUCGAAGUCGUGAGCGCGAUAAGAAGCGUUCAGAGAAAGACAAGAGCAAGUUGAAAGACUCCCAGUCGUCUGACAAAUCGCCAAAAAGAAAGCGGUCCAAGUCGCGUGAAAGAAAACGAUCAAAGAGUCGGGAACGCAAGCGAAGCCCCGCCAGGGAACGAAAACGCAGCCGCUCCCGGGAUAGGGAAAGAAAGCGAAGUCGCUCGAAAGAAAGGGAACGCCGUCGAUCUCGAUCCCGGGAGCGUCGCCGUUCAAGGAGUCGCGAGCGUGAUCGUCGC